CCAGAGGGGAGACUUAUCUUUAGUAAUUCUUCGACCCCUUUAUUGCCGCGAACAAUUUGGUUUCUCUGGGAAGGGUUUCGCAGUUUCUCAUGGAGGGAGGAGAGUAGAAAAGCAAAGCCAUAAAUCUACCUCUCUUCGCUUCGCUCCUCUCUGCUCUUUACUUGAAAACCAAACCAAACUACUCGCCUAAAGUCUUCCAGUUCUUGAAAACGAAUCAUUCGAUUUUGCAAUAUCCUGGGCUUCGGUGAGUAUUUUGGUUGUCAAUGGGGAAAGGUUCGAAGAGUGUUUGCAAGUCUGCUUCCCACCAACUCUUCAAGGAUAAAGCGAAGAACCGGGUGGAUGAUCUCCAGGGUAUUAUUACGGAUCUACAAUUCGCUAGAAAAGCGAGUCGCAUCGGCGAUGUUGCUGUUCUGGAGGAGCAAGUGCAUCAGAUGCUGCGCGAGUGGAAGGCCGAACUCAACGAGUCUUCUCCUGCAACAUCUUUGCUUGGCGGUAGUACUGCUUCUUUCUCUUCGGAUAUUUGCCGUAUGUUGCAGCGUUGUGAUGAGGAAGAUGAUGCAACCAGUGCAUUGGCAGAACCUCCCAACCCUAAGCCUGAGCCCGAUGAUCAAAACCUUCGGGCAGGAGAUACAACGGCAUUCCAGGAGGACUAUUUCACAAAUCAGGGACCAGGAGAACAGGGGUUUCAAGGGGUUGAUCAGUGUAAAGGCGAUCCUUUGGAAGUGCAUAAUGCAUCAAUUAAUAACUUGGAAUUUACAACUCACCUAGACUAUCAUCAAUUUGAUUUGGAUCAGGAUUUUGACCAUAAUAUUUUCAUCGGCUUUAAUGGUACUGGUCAGUGUGGGGAGGAUGGCAUUUCUAAUAUUGUUGGUAUUCUUCCAACUAUCUGCCCUCCACCUUCUGCCUUCUUAGGACCAAAAUGUGCACUCUGGGAUUGCUCUAGACCUGCUCAGGGGUCAGAAUGGGGUCAAGACUACUGCAGUGGCAUUCAUGCAACCCUAGCAUUGAAUGAAGGCCCACCAGGUAUGACUCCAGUUGUGCGACCACGGGGCAUUGGUCUGAAGGAUGGUCCCCUUUUUUCCGCUCUUAGUGCAAAGACACAAGGAAAGAACGUGGGUAUUCCAGAGUGUGAGGGGGCUGCAACUACAAAGUCUCCAUGGAAUGCUCCUGAGCUCUUUGAUCUCUCCGUGCUUGAGGGUGAAACAAUUAGGGAGUGGCUCUUUUUUGAUAAACCUCGAAGAGCAUUUGAGAGUGGCAACAGAAAGCAGAGGUCACUGCCAGAUUACAGUGGACGUGGUUGGCACGAGUCAAGAAAGCAGGUUAUGAAGGAAUAUGGGGGGCUUAAGAGGUCUUACUACAUGGAUCCACAGCCGUUGAACCAUAUUGAGUGGCACCUGUAUGAAUACGAGAUCAAUAACUGUGAUGCUUGUGCGCUAUAUAGGUUGGAACUCAAGCUUGUUGAUGGGAAGAAAAGCCCCAAAGGAAAAGUUACAACUGAUUCACUUGCUGAUCUGCAGAAGCAGAUGGGAAGGCUGACUGCUGAGUUCCCUUUGGAUAACAAACGUUCUGUUAAGGGCAGGGGAAAAAUAAAUUUAAAGGGUGGUGUUGGGAAUGUCAGUUCUGCUCCAGGCCAGAUCACUCCUACAAAUGAAACAUUUGGUUAUGGUGUGAAUGCUCCAUAUGGUUAUCUUGGCGAGAAUUUCAGAGAGUACUAUGGUACAUAAUGGAGGAGACUUCACUACAUUUGGAAGCAAACAGCUGUGAGAUCAAGAUUUUUAUAUAUCAUGCUUUUCGUUGUAGAUGUUGGAAUCAUUACUAUUUAUCUGUUGAUCAUAAGUUUUCAGUUUCUGGUCUCAAUUACAUUCAGCCAGCCACAAUUUUGACACAUGGAGAAAUUGUGCAUAUUUCAUUAUCACCUGGGAGGGCUACUAGAGAGUUUCCUGGAUGCUAUGGCAUCCUCUGAUUACUGGGGAAUGAUUAACUUGUAGUAUGCUGGUUGUAUUUAGUUGGUGCAGUUUGCUAACUAUGUGGGCUGAAAGCAAAUGCCCCGUGGUCACACAAUUGUAAAGGGUAAAGGGUAAAGGGUAAAGGUGCAAGCGUAGCUGUGGUUGUAUCCUUGCAUUGCAUGGGUUAUGCAUCUAUAUGUCCAAGAUGUAGCUUUGGCACAGCUUCUGAAGGUCGUAGCAGAAGUUUUUUGUGCUGUAGGUUAUAAACAUUUAACUUUUGAAUUGACAGCUAAAUUCAGUUAUUACUAUUACACUAUUACUAUUUCUAUUAAAUUGCUUUCUUAGCUCA